AUGAGUGUUAUUAUUAUUGGUGCAGGUAUAUCAGGACUGAAGACUGCUUCCGCACUAUACAAACAUGGUGCUAAAAAUAUCAAAGUUUUAGAAUCAAGAGGAAGAAUUGGGGGACGUUUACAGACUAUUACAGGUUUUGACGGUAUUAGAAAAUACGAUUUAGGGGCCAGUUGGCACCAUGAUACACUCUGCAAUGAUCUUUUUGUUGAAGGUGUUGAAGCUGGUGAAAAAUAUAUCUUUGACGAUGAUUUUUUCAUUUAUAUCGAUAAAGAACGUGGUAGAGUGGAUAGAGACCCCGAAAUGAAAUUAGAGAUUAUCGAUAGAGAGAUCAACAAAUAUACAGAUAUGGAGUACUAUCAGAAAUUAGGCUCUAAGGACGUUUCGUUUCAAGAACUAGCAUCAAGAUAUUUGUUUGAAAAAAGAAAAUACCUUACUGAUGAUCAAAUUAGAUAUUCUGCGCAAGUUAGUAGAUAUUUGGAAUUGUGGCAUGGUAUUGAUUGGAAACAAUUAAGUGCUAAAGAUACGUAUUUCGGUCAUCAAGGUAGAAAUGCCAUGGCUUUGAAUUAUGAUAGCACGAUAGACCGUAUUGCAAAAACUUUCCCUAGUGAAAUUAUUGAAUUGAAUACCGAAGUAAAUUCCGUAAAACAAGAUAAUAAUAAAGUUGUUAUAACAACUAAGGAUAAUAAAAAAUAUGUGGCUGAUUAUUGUGUGGUAACCAUUCCUCAAAGUGUAUUAGAAUUAUCAAUUAAUGAAUCUGCUAAAAACGAAACUGGUAGAAUUGAAUUCGAUCCUCCAUUAAACAAUAACAUUCAAAAUGGUUUCAAAAGCGUUCAUUAUGGUGGUCUAGGAAAAGUGAUUUUCGAAUUUGAGAAGAUCUGUUGGGAUCAAAAUGAAGCAAAAGUCGUUACUUUGGCUAAAACUUCGAGUUCCUUUGUCGAUGCUGUUCGUCAAGCAAAUACAUUUGAUGAUUUGCUAAGAUAUAUAGAUAAAGACAAUUCUAGAAUGAUCACCAGGGAUUGCUGGAAUCAACCAUUAUAUUUCAACAAUCUGGCUAAAGGUCUAGAUAUUGCCAGUUUCAUGAUGUUAAUGCAGUCCCCACUAACUGAAUAUAUUGAAUCUAUUCAAAAUGAUAAAGACAAAGUAUUCAAGUUUUUCCAACCUGUUUUGGAUUCCGUAUUGAAAUCAUUGGGGGGAAAACCAGUAGUUAACGGUAUGAGUGAUUUGAAACAAGUCUUUGAGGAUGAUGUUCCUGUCCUACGUAAUAUCAUUGUAACCAAUUGGACUCAAGAGCCUUACUCUCGUGGUGCAUACACUGCAUGUUUUCCAGGUGACGACGCUCUUGAUAUGAUUGUUGCUUUAGAUAGAGGUCAAUCAUCUCGAAUUAGAUUUGCCGGUGAGCAUACUGUGAUGGAUGGAGCUGGUUGUGUAUAUGGUGCAUGGAAAAGUGGUCAACGAGAAGCUGAUUAUAUAGCAGAUAGAAUGAAUUUAAAGUAA